AGAUGAGGUUUCUAACAGUUGCUGUGAUGUUAGCUCUUGUUAUUUGUGCUGCCUGCAAAAAUCACGAGGAAUGGAAAGGUCAACGACCAUGGGAUUAUGAUCGAAGGCCGCCUUCGAAUCCCUAUGCCUAGGGCAUUUAAUGCAUCUGGAAAAACACAAAGUGCUGAUCAUCAUAAAACCUAAAAACCAAACAAAAAGGUUUUAAAAAUGAAGUAAUGUGAAACUAAUAAAUACGCAAUUAACCCAUUUGCUAU